GCAAAUAAGCAAAAAGUAAGAACAGCGCCACAGCGGCGUCAAGUGAAACCGGUUUUUCCCGUCCACCGCUAACACAUUUUCUCCGAACGAUGGCCGGAGGAGCCCUCAAACUCCACGCCGUUGUUACUUCUAUUUACUCUCAGAAGCCCUAUACUUGGGCCCGCACCAUCUCUUCCGCCGCCAAAUCCGAGACGCUUAGAGGCCCCGCGGCGUCGACACCCAGGUGGCGUCGGAGGAUACCGUUUCCAGCUCCGGUGCGCGGAGUACCCAAUUACCAAAUUUCUCUAGGUUUUCACAACCGAGACUGCUCCCCCCUUCUGCCCGUCAGGAGUAUAUCUACUACUCAAAUGGGUUCCGACCCCGAUAAGAAGGAACAGCAGCUGCCGGAUACUGUGCCCUCACAGUCGGAUAAAUUGCUCACAUUGCCCACAAUAUUAACGAUUGGCCGCGUCGCUGCUGUUCCGCUUCUUGUGAGCACCUUCUAUGUCGAUAGCUGGUGGGGGCCAGCUGCUACAACUGGUAUCUUCAUUGCAGCGGCAAUUACUGAUUGGCUAGAUGGGUAUAUUGCCCGAAAGAAGAAAUUAGGAACGGCAUUUGGUGCCUUUUUGGAUCCAGUGGCCGAUAAGCUAAUGGUUGCUGCCACUUUGGUCUUGUUGUGCACUAGACCUUUGGAAGCUAGUGCCUUUGUACAUAUGCCAUGGCUGCUGACUGUACCUUCAAUUGCUAUUAUUGGCAGGGAGAUAACAAUGUCUGCAGUUAGGGAAUGGGCGGCCUCUCAGGGCAGCAAACUUUCAGAGGCCGUUGCUGUGAAUAACUUGGGGAAGUGGAAAACAGCUACACAGAUGUCAGCCUUAACCAUUCUACUCGCAACCAGAGACAGCAGUCUCGUUGAUGCUGGAGCUCUAGUGGGCUCUGGUGUAGCUUUGCUAUAUAUUUCAGCAUGGCUCGCAGUUUGGUCUCUGUUCGUGUAUAUGAGAAAGAUAUGGAAAGUACUGCUGGUAUAGGAACAUCUCCGAUUUGAGGUGCAUCUUGGUUCAAACUUCCAACACUCACCGGACUCAGCACAGUUCAUCAAAACCAUUGGACCACAAGUAUGGAAACUCAUACUCUCCCACUGCUUGUUGCUACAUCUGGUGAUUGCCCUUUGUUCAAGAUUGUAUUUUGCACAUAAUAAAGCUAAUAUCGAGUAGUAAGUUCAAAUUUUAUAGUAUUUUCCAGAAAACAUUAAUGCAACAUAUGAAUUUGAUUACUAUCAAGCUAGUAUCUAGUACAGUAUCCUGGCUUGUAAACUUAACUUUGAUUCAUUGUAAUUGAAGAUACGAACUUGAAUUGCAAUAUUGAAUUGAAAUCUAAUAUAA